UUUUUUUUUAAUUUUAGUUGUUGAAAGCUGUUGAACUUAUUCCAAUGUUGGAGAAAAUGGUUGAUGAAAAAACUCGAAUGAUGGAUCCUCGUGGAGAUUGUGUUAAACGAAGGAUGGAAACAACAACAACAAUUCCUGAUUCUACUUCCUCUUCCUCCCUUUUAUUAAAUCCUUCCUCUAAUGGAAUUUUGAAUUCCAAUUUAUUUAAUACUUGUGGAGCUUCAUCUGAUUUAUCUUCCUUAGCUUCUUCCUCUAAUAUUUUAAAUCAACAACAUUUUUUAAAUUGA